GCAAAGAAAUAUGGCUUUAAAGGUUGAGACUAUCCUUCUUGUCUUCAUUUGUGGUGCAAUUAUUUUAGGAGGCAAUCUAAAAAUUGUUGAUGGUAAAGUUUGCCCUCUAAUAUGCUAUGAUUCAGCAUACAUGACCUGCCCUUCUUCAGGUGAUCAACACCUCAGUCCACUGUGCAAUUGUUGUCUUGCAUCAACUGGUUGUACACUUUACAGUGGAGAUGGAACUCCUAUUUGUACUUCUAAUUAAAAUAUUGAUGUGAAUUUCUUUUCACAUACACAAAAAUCAGUCUUCUACAUGUUGUAAUAUAUGUGUGAUAAAAAAUAAAUUGUAAUAUGGAAAUAAAAAAAAUUAAUAUAAGCUUAAACUUCAUGCUUUGUGUCUUUAA